AUGUUCAUACAACGCUUGAUAUCACGGCGAGCUGUCCAAACUUUCAGAAAACCAUUCAUAUACCCCUUUCCCCUAUCAACGAGCUCCAGAAACUCGAUACAACAUCUCAGUCGUCGGCUGGCUUCUUCGACCACCAGGACUGUCCCUCGUGUUUCCAGCAAGAAACAGAUAUUCCCAGAGCGGGUCCUCGUAUACCAUGCCGGGACAGGCCGGACCGUCUUCCUCGGCUCCCUGAAAGUCACCACAAUCUUCAUCGCCACCUUCUUUUGCGCUGUCCUAGGCCCAACAUACUACUACGCAGAAAAUGAGCCACCGUGGGUCUCAGUAAUCGUCAUCCUCUCGGGCAUAAUACCCAUGAUAUCCGUAUUAUACAUGACCUCGCCCUUCGUUAAUUACAUCCAUCUCCGUCUCCCUCCAUUUGCCCGCAACUCCACCGAAUUGAUGAGACGCUUUACCAAAACGCUGCCCAGAGACGCUGAAAUUGACAUCACGACCAUGAACGUCCUUGGGAAACCGAGAGUGGCGCGUAUGAAGAUCCAGGAUUUGUCUGCUGCGAAUGAAAGGUUUGGGCUGGUCAACUAUGUCAGGGAUACGAAGGCGAUUAAUGAGAGGAGGAAGUGGUGGAUGGGGAAAGCCGUGAGGCAGUUUGGCGUUCAUGGGGGGAAGGGGAGUAUGGUGGGGGGUGAGGCUUGGAAGGAUAUUCAGGCGGCUAUUGCUAAGAGGGGUGAGAAGGGGUGCAGAGAAAAUGUCACCAUGCCCAUCGAAAUGGAUGGGUCUACUUAUCCUGUCACAAUAAACCUAUACUCCGCGCUCCGUAAUCUUCGGAAGCCCUCGGAGGUACGCCUCAUGUGGGUCGAUUCCAUAUCCAUUAAUCAGAGAGAUGAUGAAGAGAAGUCUCAACAAGUCAAUCUAAUGCGAGACAUGUAUGCCAGCGCUAAUACAUGCGUGGUGUGGUUCGGAGACUUUCUAGACCAUGGAAUAACCAUGACUGAAGCUACAGCCUUUUUGGACACGUUGGUGGAAAUGAUAAAGAUCUGA